AUGGACAAGAUCACGGAUAAGAUCGCCGCUUUGCCGGCAGACGCCAACUACUUCUCCCUGGAGUUCUUCCCCCCCAAGACCGCAAUGGGUUUCUCCAACCUUCGCGAUCGUCUGGACAGAAUGGAAAGGGCUUUGAGGCCACUUUUCGUCAACGUGACUUGGGGAGCUGGUGGAUCAACCUCGCAAAAGUCCUUGGAAUUGGCAGAGAUAUGUCAGAGGGAGCUGGGCCUUACAACUUGUCUCCACUUGACAUGUACGAACAUGAGCCGCCGCCUCAUUGAUAAGGCUCUGGAAGAUGCGAAAGCGCUCGGUAUCCGUAAUAUCUUGGCCCUGAGAGGCGACCCGCCGCGCAAAGACGAGUAUCGUGGCGCUGAUGACUCCGACGUUGACGACGUCGACGACUUCGUCUGGGCCAUUGACUUGGUCAAGUAUAUCAGAAAGAAGUAUGGCGAUUAUUUCUGCAUAGGAGUUGCCGCCUACCCCGAGGGACACGCAGAUGAGAGUCACCCUCUGGGCCAGAGCUUCGAGCACGACCUCCCCUACUUGGUCGACAAGGUCCAGGCCGGUGCAGACUUCAUCAUGACCCAGCUCUUUUUCGACAUCAAGGCCUAUGACAACUUUGAAAAGGUUUUGAGGGAACACCCCAGUGGCGCCUUCAAGACGAUCCCUCUCCUCCCGGGCCUGAUGCCUAUCCAGAGCUACCAGAUGAUCAAGCGCACGACCAAGCUCAGUCAUGCCAAGAUCCCCGAUGCUCUUAUGGCCAGACUGGACGCUGCCAAGGGCGAUGACGAGAGAGUCAAACGCGUCGGUGUCGACAUUGUCAGCGAGCUCGUGGAGCAGGUCAAGGAGGUGAAGAGCAGGACGCCUGGCCCCAAGGGUUUCCACUUCUACACCCUCAACCUCGAAAAGGCUGUCUCCUUCAUCCUGGAAAGGACAGGUCUCAUCCCAGACCCCGAAGAAGAUGAUAAUGAGGAGGCCGUAAUUGACGACGGCACCGUUCCUACAGUCCAGCUCAACGGCCUGGCUCAUGUCCCCAGCGUGCCCCGUACCUUCUCUGGCCGUCGCCAGUCUUCUAUUGGCUCAGACCCCCACAACCGCGUCAUUGUCUCCUCGGCCUCAAACCCCGCUUACGAGACCACGGCUGCCAGUCUUUCCGCGGAACCCGUCAACACUCGGGCUAAUACGCUGGCCAUCUCCGAAGGUGAGGGCGUGCUGGGCCGUGAGGCGACGUGGGACGACUUCCCCAACGGUCGAUGGGGUGACGCCCGUUCCCCUGCCUACGGUGAGAUUGACGGUUACGGCGUCAGUCUGCACAUGUCUGUCACCCAGGCCGUCAGCCUCUGGGGCACACCCAAGACGGUUCAGGACAUCAACAAUCUUUUCAUCCGACACAUCAAGGGCCAGCUCAGCGCCAUCCCGUGGAGUGAAGAGGAGCUCCUGCCCGAGUCCAACAUCAUCCAACAGGAGCUGCUCGAGCUCAACUCGCGAGGCUGGUGGACUGUUGCCUCUCAACCCGCGGUCAACGGCAUCCCCUCGCGCGACCCGACGUUCGGUUGGGGCCCGCAGCAUGGCUUCGUCUUCCAAAAGUCGUUCGUCGAGUUCUUCCUCCCCUCAGCGGACUGGACCGGCUUGGUCGCGCGCCUGAACGAGGUCAAGGACAACACCAUUUGCUUCUACGCCGCCAAUGCCGCGGGCGACUUCGUGUCAUCGGACGCCAGCGGCGGUCUGGUCCUGGAAGGUACCGAGUCGAGCACUAACGCCGUUACGUGGGGCGUCUUCCCCGGCAAGGAGAUUAUUACGCCCACCAUCAUCGAAGAGGUGAGCUUCCGUGCUUGGGCUGAAGAAGCUUUCAAGAUCUGGGGUGAGUGGGCCAAGGUCUACGGCAAGGGCAGCGAGAGCGAGGCACUUCUGGAGAGAGUACAGUCCGAGUACUGGCUUGUGAACAUCAUCCACCACGACUACGUCGAGAGGGAUGCUCUGUGGAAGUUGCUCAGGGGUGAAAAGGAGAAUUAG